AUGAUGCCAGUACAGAAUACUCGAUCGUACAGGACCACAUAUGGCUUUGGAGAUGAGAGCAAUUCAAAUGAUCCGAAUGACGAGACGUACCUAGCCUCACACACCGCUGACGAGCGCACACUUGCGUGGGCCUACCAAUCAGACUCAUUACCAUCAGAAGAGAUCGCUGCCUAUAUUUGGCCGCCUUCAGUCUAUGAAGCAGCACAGGAUGUCUACCUAGCAUCUUUGCCACCAAGGAAUUCUCAACUUCCUAUCGAUCAUCACACGAUAUCUGUAGGAGAGUCCUGGCAACCAUCGCUUGCGGCAACCUCCUGUUAUUCAGACCGGAGGCGGCAUCUCGAACAGCAGCAGGUGAGCAGCAUGAACAUACCGGACGGCAGAUAUCUUUCAACAUGGAACUCUACGGAUUUGGGACCAGAGUCAACGACAGGGAACCCAACACCUCCAACUUCGGAUACCGCCAACAAUAAGGAAGAUAAUAGCUCGAAUAUAACCAGGUGA